GGUCGUUUGGCCAAAUCCAUAAAUGUAAACAUUAUGCUUUUGCUUCAUGUCCAUGCUGAUCAUGGUUAUCCAUGCAGUGAGGCGUCAUUUCCUCAGGGAGAGCCAUGUGUGUGGCAGCUGGGCCAGGAUGUGGCAGAGACAGAUGGGGGGCAGAGUUUACACCGAGAUGGAUUUUGACCAGGAGGAAACAAAGGCCAAGCUGCUUGGCUUCCCUGGAGGUUCCAUUGAUCUUUCCAAACAGGAGUCCGGCAUUGCCGUCCUCACAAUCAACAUCCCAUCCCAUAUGAAUGCCUUCACCGGUACCAUGAUGGUGCAGUUGGAGGAAAAGGUGAGCCUCCUGGAAAAGUGGGCCGAUGGAAAAGGCCCCAUCCUCCAGGGUGCUGUGGGAACGUUCUGUUCCAGAUCGGACCUCAAUGCUCUCAAAGAAUUAUCCAAACCCCAGGAUGGCAUGGAGAUGUGUAUGUUUAUGCAGAAUGUUCUGACAAGACUACUCAGGCUUUCUCUGAUCUCCGUUGCCCUUGUGGAAGGGAGAGCUCUGGGCGGAGGCGCAGAACUUGCCACUGCCUGUGAUUUCAGAUUAAUGGCAUCUGGCAGUGUGAUCCAGUUUGUCCACAAACACAUGGGUGUGGUCCCAGGCUCGGGCGGAGCUGCUCGACUCGUCCAUCUUGUCGGAAGCCAGAAUUGCCUCAAGUUGCUCUGCAGUGCUUCAAAAGUGGAUCCUGAACUUGCCCUUCAUAUUCGGCUGGCAGACGGAGCUCUCAAAGACCCCGUGGUCGAGGAAGGUGUGGGGACUGUCCGACAGCAGGCGGAGAAGUGGCUCGGUCACUACACGAAAGGGCCACCAGCAGUUAUCCAGGCUAUUAAAAAGGUCGCCUUGUCAGGCCGAGAGCUCCCUCUAACGGAGGCUCUGAGGACUGAGAGGGAGGUGUUUAGUACUGUUUGGGGUGGUCCAACCAACCUGCAGGCACUUACCAGCAAAUCGAAAUACAAAUGAGCACAUCAUAUUGACCAGUCAAAUGCAAGACUUGCAUCAUUGCAAUAAACUCAACAGUGGAAACUGUCGGUCAAACUUGGAAUGAAUAAAACCUUGCUGCAGUGUAUUUUAACAACUAGGAUGUUUACCCACGAGAGAAACUGGUCUGAAACUAGUUUGUCAUCUCACCUGAAAUUGGUCUGAGCGUGUUUCAUUGACACACUUUACAAGAGUAGGGCGUCACGCUUCAUGAGGGGAAAAAAAUCAUGUACAUCUUUUUUGCCAUAUUUUCAUUUUUAUUUGCUCAUCUAAUCCUUGACCUUGUAAAUGUAGUUGUUUUGGUUUUAUUAAAGAUAUGGUGAACAUUCACCACACUACGAAUAUUUA